AUGACGCGACAGGAUUACAAAGAUUUAUUCCGUUCGGGGGGGCAGGGGGAAGUGCGACAGAUUAAAGGGAUAAUGAAAUCUUUGCGGAGAAAAGGCGUGGCUGAACGGGAGCAUCGUGAGCGGGAGAGGGGGCAGGGGGUUAGGGGUAAGGUUCUAGUCGAAUACGAUGACGUCGAAUGGCACAGGAGAGAAUGGAUUAGCAUUUACAAAGAUUCCGUUUUCCAUUUGUUUAUGGUCGAAGAUGACCUCGUUUGGUCGGAUCGGGUCGAUCCAUAUUCAUCGUCGGAUUCGACCGCAUUUUGGCCGGCACUGAAUUUCGUAGCUUUGGUGGAUUUGGUCAACAUGAAAACCCAACUUCAACCGGUUGAGUUUUUGGUUGACCGCGAAUUGGCAUUUCGAGAUUACACGCGGAUCGAACCGUUUUUGGAUUUCAAUCAGAAAUUUCCGGGUUCAAAAGACCAUACGGAAGUUGUGGCUGCCAUAAGAAGAUGGUUGGAAUAUCAAGACGGUCAACGUAUAUUGUUGACGACUCCGAGCGUACUCGUCGGUUAUAGAGUUGAAGUGUACAGAGCAGAGGGAACAACGCAAUGGUACACGGCAGUCAUCGUAGGCUAUAACGAAUCGACAAAGGUUUCCUUUGCGAAAAUUUUUCAAAAAAUCGUCAAAGAAUCGUUUGCCAUUUUUAAACUUCGUCACGAAUUUCGUGACAAUUUAUAA